CGACGAUUCGACAUCCAUUGAUCCAUCCCCAUUUCCUUCCUGGGCGACCGAGUCUUCCUUCCAUGUGAUGUUUCGUUCCCUGGCUGGCCCCUUUCUCACAUGUCCAACUCUGUGAUGAAAUCCUUCUUCAGCUCAUCCGUACUUACAGCUACCGGAUCGGGGCUCGGUGUAUCCACUUAAUGACGACGCAAGACAACACUUCAUCGCUGCGCAUUCGUAGAUACCUACCUCCUAGACGGAUAGUCUCACCUACAAGCCCCCCAAGCUCGACUUCUGUUAGUGACGAGAGUCUCGUUGGUAGUCCAAGUCUACAUCCACUCGCGGUCAUCUACUGCUAUUAAAGCGGCAUUGAGCAUACGCUAGGCGAGGGGAACCAAGGCCAAUAAUAAGCGCUUGAACACGACGACACGACGAUAACGGCUUAGACAAAGGAUAUCAACGGGAGGAGGUGGAGGGGGAUCCGAUAUCAAGAGGUCAUAGCCAGCAAAGCAACCAUCGCCAAAAAAAGAUAUGAGUACAGGUCCCAGCACGAAUCACGACACGGUCGGGUCGCUGUUGGCCAGCAUUGCGACUCACUUGAGCGACUCACUUCGCGCACUCAGAUUUGCCGACAAGCGCCACUGGGGCCCUGACGAGUUUGAACAGAUUCGCGCCCUUGAAGAAGCGUUGGAUGAUGCAAAGACAGAUUUUCAGGAACUGGGGCGCUUGGUCAAUGGGCAGUUUUACUAUGAAGGAGACAGGACUCCCGAGUCCCUCAACGAAUUGCGUGCCCUCCUGGUCAAAUAUGAAUUCCACGCCCGCAACUACAAAGACUGGAUUCGGCAAGGUGGGCCGAUCAACCCAACUUGGCUCAGCGAGACCAAGGAACUCCAACUAGAGCUUCACCGCACGCAAUGCCGUGCCUCUCGGCGCAUAUUCGCGGCCGAGCAGGAAGGGCCGUGGACACGGUGUCUGGGUGCCUACCAGGUGUAUCGCCAGCAGCGAAGAAACGAGGAAACUGAGCGGCUACGGAAGCAGAAGGAGGAAGAGAAGCGGGAAAAGGAGAUUAGGGAAGGGGGAAGCAAGCAGAGGGACCUCGAAAGUAUACCGCCGUGGCAACGACAUGAGUAUCAAGAUCAGCAGCAUCCGCAGCAACAACAACAACAACAACAGCAACAACAAAACCGUACAGGGACAACGGACGAGGCAUUACGGCCGGCGUUGAGAAGGGGGAGGAGGCUAAGCCUUGAGGAUCUGGUUCCAUGUUGCAACGCGGUUGGGAGGUUCGAGAGGUUUGGGGAGCACGACGUGGCCUUUGUAUGCGACUUUUGCGACGGGUUCAUCGUCUGGCCGGAUCUACAGAGGAUGCCAUCUACGAGGGCGGCGUUGGAUAAGACGAAUGGAGGGAGUGCAAGUACGACAGCAAGUUUCCCGACAUCAACGACGAUAGCGAGAAACUCUCCAAGAAAGCUCAUACUACCGACCAUAGUGACGGCCUCAUAUCCAGCAGCAAUUCUGCCAUCGUCAACCAUCACUACCACCACCACCACCACAACAACAAAAGAAGCACAGACAGAGACAACAACAGCAACAGAAAACACAUAUCCCCACUGGCAAGCCCAAGGCGUAAGCGCCAAAACAGGCGAAGCUAAGACGGUCGUUUUCGCGCCCUUAGCAAUUGCGAACCACAUUGCCCCCGUCCCUGGCGAUUGGCUGGCGAGGAUAUGGUGUCCCUACUGCGACGAAUACACGUACGUGGACCAGGGUGAGGACAGCGAGGACGAGGUCAAGUGGGCACAGGACGAGAGGGGGUUCGAGGACUUGGCCAGCUUCCAGGAGCAUUUGGAAUGGUAUCAUACGGCGUUGCCGGUGCCGAGUAUACCGGCGUUAUUGCCAAAGGCGGCGGGGAGUUGUUUGAUUAUGUGAUUGAGGCUUGCGGGUGCGUGUGCGGGUGGUUCAAGCUUGGGCUUAGUGUCCAGGGUGUCGGUUUAUGUUCUGGAUUGAGAACAACAAAAUUGAAAAAAAGAAAAAAAAAAAAAAACGGGUUUGGAAUUGGAGUUUGGGGGGGCAAGAGCUUCUACUUCAAGUAGGGAAAGAGACCGAUAGGCUAUCUCAGAUGGAGAUUUUGUAUCAUCGCUUGACAGAAAUAGCGUGUCGAGCAGAAGAGAUGCCGGUCUGGAAUGAACCAGGAGAUACGCAUGAUUGAGCAUCGGUGACACUGUGGUACAGUCAUCCAUAGAGACCUUGUCAGGCUUUAGGAAGGCAUCGGAUGAAGGAGUGGAAAGCAGGAACCUAUAAGCAACAUGUCUUGAUAGCUGAAACCUCACCUGGCCAAACGUCCUUUUGCGUUUGCCCCCCUUUCCCCCCAACCUCCUUUACCCAAACUCCAUGCUAGGUCAAGCGCCAAAAACCAAUGCCCUACAAACACAUAUUAAAAUAAUUACAGAAUCCACGUAGGCUAUCCGUCACAGCAUCAUACAGAGCCAGGC